AUGGCUACCGUGCACGGUUCUUUCAGUGCUGACACCAAUAUUAUUCUUGAUAUUGGAGAAAUCUUACACGAACGAUAUCGAGUAUUACAGCAACUGGGUGCUGGGCGCUAUUCAGCUGUCUAUCUAGCGCGGGACCAGAAGGAACUAUCUUACAAGGCAAUAAAACUAUUGAGGGAAGAUUGCUAUGACGGAAAACAUGAUCUCUUUGAGUUAGAGAUACUGAAGCAUUUACGCGAGGCGGAUCCCAAUCAUCCAGGCUAUCAGCACAUUAUUGUCCUUCUUGAUGACUUCACCUACAUUAGCCGGUCGGGUACUCAGCAUGUCUGCCUUGUAAUGGAGCCAAUGGCAGAAGACAUGAAGACCUUCCCCCUUUUCUUUGAGGGUGCCCGGAUACCUAACCACAUCAUGAAGAAAGUAACGAAACAUUUACUAUCUGCCCUGGAAUACGCACAUGCUUGUGGUGUCAUCCACACAGACAUCAAACAAAGUAACAUUAUGGUGAAUUUCCGAAAUCCAGCUAUAAUAGAUAAGUAUUUGGAAGAUUCCUUGUCAAACCCAGCUGCCGAUCUUGGAGAGUACAACUUCGAUGAUGCUUCUGAGUUGGUUCAGGCGGAUGUUGUACUAGGUGACUGGGGAUCGGCGAGUUGGGUCGAGAAGCAUCUGACAGACUUCAUUCAGCCUACAUUACUUCGCGCGCCCGAGGUUAUACUUGGGGCACCCUGGGGAACCAAGGUAGAUAUUUGGAAUCUAGGCGCCCUUCUACCCGAGCUCCUGGAUGCCUUACGCAUGUUCAAUGGUAGGGCGGAUGUUACAGGGGGUGUUUACCUUACCAAGCAUCACUUGGAGGAAAUAGAAGCCCUGUUUGGUCCCUUUCCCCCCGAGUUGUUGCAAUCUGGAGACUCGCAAAUUGUUCAACAGUUUUUCGACAAGGAGUUCAACUUCCGUAAUUGGACCCAGAGACCACCAGCGGUACUGGAGCGAUGGAUCGAGAGUAUUGGUGGCCUCGAAAAAUCCAAUUUCCUUUCAAUGAUACGCUCAAUGUUGGUCAUCGAUCCGGAACAGCGAAUGACCGCUCUUUCUCUUCAAGAUGCGCCGUGGCUUAGUACAUAG